CGGAGGCCGGGCUACACCGAGCCCUGCGCGUGAACAGCUGCGGCGGGGGCAGCCUCCAGCGGCGGUGCCAGCAUCCAGCGGCGGUGCCAGCAGUUCCAGCCCGUUGCUUUACUUUUUAGCUGCACCAACGUAGUCAUUAUGCCGAAGAGAAAGUCUCCAGAGAAUCCAGAGGGCAAGGAUGGAUCCAAAGUAACUAAACAGGAGCCCACCAGACGGUCUGCCAGGUUGUCAGCGAAACCUGCUCCCCCAAAACCUGAACCUAAACCAAGAAAAACAUCUGCUAAGAAAGAACUGGCAACAAAGGUUAACAAAGGUGCUAAAGGGAAGAAGGAGGAAAAGCAAGAAGCUGGAAAGGAAGGCACAGAAAACUGAAUCUGUAAACGAGGGAGAAUGAAUUGUCAUGAAAAUUGGGGUUGAUUUUAUGUACCUCUUGGGACAACUUUUAAGAGCUAUUUUUACCGAGUAUUUUGUAAAUGCUAAUUUUUUAGGACUCUACUAGUUGGCAUACAAAAAUAUAUAAGGAUGGACAUUUUACCUUCUCAUAGUCAAGCUUUUUGGAAAUUCCCGUCAUCCUUGAGUAAAAGAAAUACCAAUUUAAUAUUGGAAGCUGUCUGUAAAAUUGAUUCAGCAUUCCAUGCACUUGCUUUAAAAAUUUAGUCCUGUGCAUACUGUGGUGUUUUUACU